AUGGAGAACGAAGACAAGUUUCCCCUCCAUACAGCUGCUCGCGAGGGACGAGUACCUACAGCUGAAGCAUUGCUCAAGUCAGAUCCAAAACUAUCACAGCGAAAGGAUGAUGAUGGUCGUUACCCUAUUCAUUGGGCGGCAUCUUCCAACAACUUGGAGAUAGUUCAGUUGCUAGCCAGCCAACGCAGUUUUGAUGCUGAUAUCCAGGACGAGAGCGGAUGGUCUCCUCUCAUGAUAUCAGCCAGCGUCCCAGAUGGCGAGGCUGUUCUGAGACUCAUCAUCGCCAAAGAUGCCGAUGUAAACCUCAAAAAUUCUGCUGGCCAGACUGCCCUUCACUUUGUUGCCUCCAAGAACAACCUCGACAUCGCUCGAGUUCUCAUAGACAACGGCGCAUCUACCCGAAUUCGUGAUCGUAGGGGCCAGUAUCCUCUUCACCGCGCAGCCGCAAUCGGCUCUGUACCAAUGCCAUCGCUCACCAGUCCUCCAGGAGAUACUGCCGUUGCCCUUCUAAAAGAAGGCGCAGACCAUACUCUCAAAAACAGCGCAGAUGAGCUGGCCCUGGAUCUUGCCCCUGACAGAGAAGUACGCCGAUAUAUCUUGCAGGGUGCCGAGCGCGAGGGUAUCGAGUUGUCGGGUUAG